AGCCUCGCAGUAAAAGGGUCAAGCGCCCAGUUAAAACACACAGUGUAUAAUUUUAUAGCCUUUCCCCGACGGGGCUCCUGGUGCCGGUGUCGAGACGACAAUGCGCAAAGCAGCGGUGGCGCACACAGAUCAGUUUCAUUCUUUGUCAGUGGCGAAUAGGGGCGGAGGAAGCAAACCCAUUACAAUCCUAUAAAAAGAAACGUCUGCGAGAUCAUGAAACAGCCGGCUGCAGCACCGAGUGCUCACUCACAGACUGCGAGGGGGAAGCCUCAUGUCAAGUUCCUCUCUGACCCCGAGAGCAUCAGCGUUUGAACGGAGCCUCUGGUCCGCUGCUUCCCUCCCACACUGGGCUCUCUGUUUCCAGAUAACCAUGUCGACGGCAGUCAUACUUCUGCACGUCUGACUUCCAGGGACAAAAAGACCGUUGCCUCAUCACCACCACUCUUCGUUCUGUGUGCCACAUGGGACACUGCUAGGGCGCACAGGUCCCACUUUUUUUUUGCGCCACAAAGUUCAGGCUUGUCAAGCAAAUCUAUUCUAUAUUUUCUUUUCUUUUUCUCUCUUUUUUUUGGUUGGUAUUGCAGUAUUUUUUUUUUUGUUCCAAGGAUGCUCAUCCCCACAUGGAAUAGAUGCUGCGCGCUGAUGUUUCUCGUCGCUGCGCUACGGACGGGGACGUCCCAGGUUUUAGAGGCUGCUCGCCCGAAGGCGAACUCCAUCAAGCCGGCUCUGUUGGAAGAGACACCGACCCCCCCCACGAACCGGUCCGCCACCGUCCACACCGGGGUCACGAAGAAACACAGCAUCCUUGCGCAGCAGGUGUACCCGUGCAGCAACGAUAAGGAGUGCACUGUGGACAGCUACUGCCACAGCCCUCAACAGGCUCCUUCUCGCUGCCUCACCUGCCGCAGGAGGAAGAAGCGCUGCCAUCGAGAUGCCAUGUGCUGUCCUGGGAACCGCUGCAGCAACUAUAUUUGUGUCCCCAUCUCAGAGAGUGUGCUCUCACCUCACAUCUCCGCAUUAGACGAGCACAACAAACUCUCCACCAAAGACCACAGCUGGAGGAAGAGUGGCAAAGCACAGGCUAAGCAUUCUCUUAAAGGGCAUGAGGGUGACCCCUGCCUGCGCUCAUCUGACUGCUCGGAGGGCUACUGCUGCGCCCGCCACUUCUGGACCAAAAUUUGCAAGCCGGUGCUGAGGCAGGCAGAGGUGUGCACUAAGCAGAGGAAGAAAGGCUCUCACGGCUUGGAGAUUUUCCAGCGCUGUGACUGCGCCAAGGGCCUCUCCUGCAAGGUGUGGAAAGACGCCACCUCCUCGUCCAAGUCCAGGCUCCACAUGUGCCAAAAGAUCUGAAGCGGAGGCAGCUGCUGUCGGCACAGAGGCCUCUGUCUCCAUCUGCCAGGGAAAGUUUUUUUUUUUUUUUUUAAAGGAUGGGUUGUGGCUGUAUUGAAAAGGAGCAAAAGACAGAGACUAACAAGAGACAGAACAGACUGUGUGGGUUCAAGCCCGCUACUCAGCGAGCGCAGAGUGAAUGGGAAUGCUUUAAAGUGUUUGCUGUGAGUGUUUCAUCCCUAAAAACCAUGUGCAGUACAAACGCGCACCAUCACAUAUACACACACACACACACAUACACACACACACACACACACACACACACACACACACACACACACACACACACCUCACAGCUUGGGAUCAAGCCCACAAACACAACAAACCUUUUACACAUUCUCAGUGACGUUCAGGGAGCCAGAGUUUGCCAGUACAGAUGCUCUGAUAGGUGGUGUUUCUAGAUGGAGACGGUAGACGUAGCAGUCGUUCAUUAAGCUUCAACUUAUAAUAAUAAGACAGGUAGACUACUUACAUAGAAGCCAUAUUUUUACUACACAGUACAUUCUUUACCAAAGUUCAUGUCUUUAAAAGGUCAGAUGUGUAAUAUCCUGCAUUUCACUACUGGAUCUGAAUUUUGCCAUCUUCCUCAAAUUUCAGUGUCAUAUUGUUUGUUUUAAGUCAGAAUUCAACUAUUGCUAUGCAAGAAUCACAACCAGUGACAAUGUCCGGACCCCACAAGUACCGGACUUUCAUCUGGGGGCAUUAGCUCCUCACCCCGAUUUUUGGCCACAAGAAGAGAGAUAACGUUUUGCGUCCGUCGUGGAAAGCUCUUUUGAUCCGUCAGAUGCAGCUGCAAUCUAUUGCGAUACAACCGUGUGGGUUAAAACAGUUUGCACAGAGGUAGUGCUCUGCUGCAGACUCAGUGGUUCCGAUACCAGACGGAGAAUGGUUCUGCUUUUCCAAUCACAUGAACAGGAUUCAAGGAUACGAUGGAAGUGCAAUUCUUUCCGUUUACUAAGCCAGUAGGAAUGGACACGUGAGAAGAUUGAUUAGAGUUACAAAAAUGCUCCAUAAACCUUAUGUUUUUCAAAGAGAAUUACAGAAUGAAUCAACAUUUUGUUGAUGGCACACGGCCUUGUAUAUAUCUUUUUUUUUUAUUUUUCAAAUAUGAGCUGCAUACUUUCUCCUUAUGAAAUACUGUUCAGUUGAAAAACUGAACUGGAGGUGAAACACUGCCUUUAUCAUUACCACUCCUUUAAACAGCCACUUGUUUCCACAUAGUCAAUAUAAUAUCACAUUUGCCUCCUUUUGCUUUAAUGUGUUGAGAGCAACAAAUACACAUAUUUUGUAACCAAUAAAAAAUACCAAUAAGCUCUUAUAUUGUAAAUAGAUUGGAAACAAUGCAAAUGUAUUUAAGAAUCAAUGUAUAUCAUGUACAUAUAAUAAGGAUAUGAAUCCGAAACACUACAACUAAAUGAUCUAGGUGAGAAGAGUAAAGGGAUGAGACGGGACAAGUAAAAACGGACAGAUUCAAAAUAAUGUAGUAAUGAGAAAAGCUGUGUAGACACAAGGGUAAAGGCAGAUAGCUUUGACUGAUAUUACAAAUUAGAUGCUUUGAAGGGAUGAUUCCAAAAAUAAUAAAAGCACAUUAAUUUCCAAAAUCCUCUAUGUAAAUGGUGUGUAAAUGGUUUCAAGAUUUAUAUCCCACUAAAUAUUGUUUGUGUGAAUACUUCCCAAUGAUUUCUUUUGUGUAUUUACAAUGAUGAAUGAAUAAAAGAAUGUAUUUUGUAUCACUGGUUACAAAGGACUUGUUAUUACUCAUGGUGUUGCAUGUAGUUAUUAUUAUUAACAAUGUAAUUGCAUCUAUAAGUGUCAGUAUUAUCAUUGUAAUCAUAAGAAUUAGUCUGAUAGAGCCUGAAGCAAUGGUUAUACAACUGUUCUCUCUCUCUCUUUUCUCUCCUCCUCUUUCCUCUCUCCCCCAUUUCUCUCCUCUUACCCUACCGGUCGCGGCAGAUAUCCCGCCCACAUCUGAGUCCGGUUCUGUUAGAGAUUUCUUUCCUGUUAAAAGGGUUUUUUUUCUUCUUCU